AUGGAAGAAGAAUUGCAGCAACUACGGACGAAUGCGUCUUCAGAUCUCAUGUCAGAUGAGGUGAAUAAUUUCGUAUAGUGUUAAAAUCCCUGAUAAUCUCUGAUCAGAUUUCUUUAAUCCAAAAAUCUCAAAUAUGAUUUUUUUUUCAGGAUUUUAUCAGUCAAAUUGAGUCGAUGAGUGUUGAAGCUCAAGAGAGGGAAAUCAACGAUUUAUUGAGUGAGUUUGGUUUUUUUUUGGAAAUUUUUGGUUAGGAAUUUUAGAUUCUAAACUUUGAAAAAUUUUUUACAGAAGCCAUGCAUGAAAAUCGAAUCGUAUCUUGGGAUGAAGCUGAAAGAAUUCUUCAGGAAACAGAUCGAACACCUGUAAGUUUUUUAUUUGAAAACUUUUUUUUUAUUCGAAAACCCAACAAUUUUUCUCGCAGAUAAAAUGCAGUUUACCUGAACAAACUCGUCCAACCGAACCAGACAAUGAAGUUGAUGUUGAUUCUUGUAUUCGAAAAUUACUUGACAAUGAUCCAAGUUUGAAAGAAGUUAAUUUGAAUAACAUGAAGGUACCUUUUUCCUUAAUUCUAGAAUUUUUUAAUUCAAAUAUUUUCAGAGAACUCCAGUUCCAGCGAUUAAACGUUUAUUGGAAGCGCUUGCUUAUAAUGAACAUUGUGAACGGAUUUCUUUGGCUAAUAUGGGUUUAUAUGAUCAUGAUAUUAUGGUAAGUUCAAAAUUUGUUUUCAAAACUUCAAAAUAACAUUUCAGGUUCUUGUGACAGUAAUUGAAAUGAAUCAAGCAAUUAAAAAAGUCAAUUUGGAAACCAAUUAUUUGAGUGGCGAAUUUUUCUCGAAACUUUUCAAAGCUGCACUGACAAAUGAGACUGUUGAGGAGAUAAAAGCCGUGAAUCAAGGAGUUUCGUUUUCAACUCAAUCGGAGAAAGAGAUUAUUGAUUCAAUUGUGAAAAAUAAAGGGUUGACUAAAAUUUCAAUCAAUUUUCGGUUACCUGAAGGAAGACAUAAAGUUGAAAAUGCAACAUUGAGAAAUGGAGAAUACAGUGAGUUUUUUAGAGUUUUAGAGAGACGAAAAUUGUGCAUUGGAGCGCGGAUUCCUCAACCAAAUUCUUUAAAAAUUUUCCAAUAAAAUAUUUUUGUAGAACGUGUAAAACGACGAGAAGCUGCACUAAAAGCCAAACAAGAGCAAGAGGAACUUGCGAAAAAUCCAGUUCCAAAAUUGGCUCCCGAAAAACCGCCAGCUCCUGCUCCCGCACCAAUUCCCCCGAAAGUACAAAUUCCAGCCAAGGUUCGUUUGACUGUUUUCUAACUCGAAUGAAUAAAGUUUGACUAUUUAUUGCAUGGUGUUGACAAUUUUUUAUAUGUGCAUGAAUGAUUUUUGUCUAUCUACAUAUUUCAGGGGUUUUUCAAGUCCGUCCGUUUGCUCGUGUUCAAUGUUUUUCUCUGAAAAUCAAAUUUGAACCUCAAUCUAUUUUCAGAUUCCAUAUUCACUUGUCACACCAGAACCUCCACCAUCUUCUUCUUCAUCUCAAAAUGUUGUUCAAACUGCUCCACCAAAACCAGCAAUUCUUGCAAAACAAUUAUCAUUUCAAAGAGCAAGUCGAGAAGAUGAAGAAGAAACAGAACUUGUUGCAAUUCCAGAACCGAAAAAAGUUCAAAUUCCGAAAAUGUUUCAAAAAUCGGAGAAUGAAAAUGGAGAGAUAAUUGUCAAGAAAACUGGAAAAGUUUGGAAACCUAAAUUGAAGGUUGAGGAGAAGCCUGAAUCAUGGAAGAAAAAAGUGGAUUUGGAGUUGCCGGAAAGAUCAGUGAGAGAUAGAAAGUCACCAGCAAGACAUCUGAAAUCUCCUGAAGUUCAUGAAAAUGGAAGAAGAUCUCCGAAUCGGUCAUUGAAAUCGCCAGAAGUUCCAAAUUCAGGAAGACGAUCGCCAGGUUUUUCGAGAAGGAACAAUUUGAAAUCACCAGAAGUUGCUGAAAACGGCAGGAAAUCUCCAGAACCACCAAGAAGAAAUUUGAAAUCUCCGGUGCCUCCACAAAAUCAUAGAAAAUCACCAGAACCACCGAGACGGAAUUUGAAGUCUCCAGCACCUUUGAAUAAUCACAGAAUGUCUCCAGAACCACCUAGAAGAAAUCUGAAGUCUCCGCAAAAUUUCAGAAAAUCUCCAGAACCAACCAGAAAUGAAUUGAAAUCACCAGAUCAACAGCCACCUGGACGCAAUCUCAAAUCACCAAUACCCUCACGAAAUCAAAGUCAAAGAUUGUCUCCAGAACCCCCAAGAAACACUCUGAAAUCUUCGGAACCUAAAGAAUCUGAAAAUCCAAGUCAAGCAAAAAGUGCCAAAAAUAUGUGGGAACAUCGAAUGGCAAAACUCGAGAAAAAAGAGCAAAAAUCGAAAAAACCACUGCUUUCAAUUCAACAAAUUCGUGAAAUGGAAAGAAAUGGAAAUGUAUUCGAGCAGAAGAUCAAAGCGAAAAAACCAAAAAUCAUGGAAAAUGCGGCGACUGAAACUACAGUAAUCCGAAGAACUGUUAUGAGACAAAGAAAAGAUGAGCAACCAAAUGCAUGA